AUGGCCAAAGCAUUACCGCCAAUACCAGCGUUCUACGCGUGCUACUUGCUACGGUCAACCAUCCGGCACGCAAGCCUCUACGUUGGAAGCACACCAAACCCCGUGCGAAGGUUGAACCAGCACAAUGGCAAGACCAAGGGGGGCGCGGUCAGAACUUCGAGAGACUCAUUGCGGCCAUGGGAGAUGACAUGCCUGGUUACUGGCUUCCCUAGCAAGAUUGCGGCGUUGCAGUUUGAAUGGGCGUGGCAAAACACCCACAUGACCCGCCACGUCGCCCCCGAUUCGCGACUAACAAACGCGCGGACUACGGUUCGCAUAUCACCAAAGACUGGCCGCCCACGCAAACGUCCAGCACGGCCGCGUCUAUCGCUCACAGAUCGACUGGCAAACCUGCAUCUCCUGCUCGGGUCCAGUAGCUUCGCGAGAUGGCCGCUCAAAGUGACGUUCUAUGCCGAGGAUGUUUUCCGCGUCUGGCAGAAGUGGGUCGCUCAGGAUAGUGUCGAGGCACUGCCUUCUAGGAUGAAGAUCAUUCUCGAUCCUUUAGCUAGCAAGAAGUCCGGUCAAGCCAAUCCCGCGGAAGAAGCGUCUGGUAUCCAUGCAAUUGACGUUGGAUACAGCGGGAUGAAGCCCUAUUUGGAGAAGACGAAGGCUACGCUAAGCGCCUCUUCGACUUGCGCAUGCUCUUUCUGCAAGCAAACGAUCUCAAGCAGCGUCAGGGGUGCCCUUUUUUGUCCCACCGAUGGCUGCAAUGCCGUUGGCCAUCUAGAGUGCUUCGCCACCGCAUUCACCAAGGACGACCCUGACGCCAUCGUGCCACUCAGCGGGUCAUGUCCUGGCUGUGGCUCGCAGCUGCAGUGGAUCGACCUUGUCAAAGAGCUCAGCCUACGAAUACGUGGCGAGAAGGAAGUCCAGAAGGUGUUGAAGGUUCGGAAGCCGCGUACGACCAAGAAAGGGGCAGUGGCUGAUGAGCCGGCGGUUGCCGAGGAUGAGAUGUCGGGCGAUGACGAAGAUCUGGAUGACGCAUGGCACGUCCUAUCGGAUGACAGCGAGGACGAAAGAUCAAAGCCCACCAUUCGAAGCGGCCCAAGCCCGGUUGCGAUAUUCAAGGCUCCUCGAGUGCAGAUGGUUGAUGCUGCGCCCUACUCUGAGCCGAUCAUUGAGGACAGCGACUGGGAUGAGGCCAUGGUGCUGACUUGA